AACAUUAUCUAUGAUUUUUAGGACUUUACGUAUCGAGUCAAAUAUACAAACAAAGGCUUUUAUUGUGAAACCUCGUCCCGGAAGUGCUGCUCUGCUGUGCAGCGGAGCCCCGGCUGCGCACCGGGCUGCGUUGAUUGAGGUUUUGAUCCAACGCGCUCACAGACGGAUCCGCGGCUCCGUGUUCGCCUCCACAAACUACUGCCGUUAUCCCCCGGGCGGGGUUCUUCUUCUUCUUCUUUUUCUUCAUCCUCUUCCUCCUGCACAGCUUCAGCGAAAUCCUCCUCCUCUUUUCUUUCUUUCUCUCUCUCUCUCCUCUUCUUCUUCUUCUUCUUCUCCUCUCCAGAGGGUCGGACCGCCGACAGAGAGGAUUAAAAGGCCGCUGCCGGUUCCACUGCAACAGGUCGAGGAGGUGCUGAUACACAUACAUGAUAAUACCAAUAAUGAGGAUGAGGAGGAUGAUGAUGAUGAGGCGGAUGUGAGUGGAGCGCACGGAGGAGACGCGCGCGCCGCAGAGGAGGAGGAGGAGGAGGAGGAGGAGGAGGAGGAGGCGUUGAUGGUCCGGGCUGCAUGGGUGCGACAGAGCGGACAGCCGCCGACAUGAUGCCGAUGUUCCUCACCGUGUACCUCAGCAGCAGUGACCAGCAGGUCCUCGAGGUCCCCGUUACCCCGGAGACGCUGUGCAGCGACGUGGUGGCGCUCUGCCAGGAGCCGGGCGAGGCCGAGUGCCACCUGGCCGAGGCGUGGAGGGGCUCCGAGCGCGCCGUUGGAGAAGGGGAGCGGAUGUUGGAGGUGUUGCAGCGAUGGGGGCAGCAGAUGGGGGAGGUCCGCUACGUUCUGCGCCACCAGAGAGCUCCGGGUGGAUCCAGAGCGGACCAUCAGAUGAUGAAGAGGAACCAGGCGAAGGCUUCUGUGGAGAGCUGUCUGGACAACGGGGUCUCAGCUCCCCGUCUGGACGUGACGCUGAGCGACCUCCAGGACCUGGCAACCCGGCAGCAGCAGCAGAUCAAUGCACAGCAGCAGCUGCUGGCCUCCAAGGAGCAGCGUCUGCACUGCCUGCAGCAGCAGGAGACGUGUGAGCAGGAGCGUCUGCAGCAGCUCAGAGAGAACGCUCACAACCAGGAGGCCAAGCUGAGGCGGGUCCGGGCCCUGAGGGGCCAGGUGGAGCAGAAACGCCUCAGCAACAGCAAGCUAGUGGAGGAGAUCGAGCAGAUGACCGGUCUGUUCCAGCAGAAGCAGAGGGAGCUGCUGGUCGCCGUGUCGCGGGUGGAGGAGAUGAGCGACCAGCUGGAGACGCUGAGGAGCAACAGGCUGGAGCCCCCUCUUCAUCCUCCUCCUCCUCUCCUUCAUCACCACAACACCUCCUCCACCGCUGAGCUGGAGCGCCUCUACAAAGAGCUGCAGCUGAGGAACAAGUUGAACCAGGACCAGAGCGGCCGGCUGCAGCAGCAGAGGGACAGCCUGAGCAAGAGGAACCUGGAGGUGGUGUCCAUGGACCGCCGGCUGGCCGAGCUCCGCCAGCGGCUCUGGAAGAAGAAGGCCGCGCUGCAGCAGAAAGAGAACCUGCCGGUGGCGUCAGACGGAGCGGCCCCUCAGCUCGGCGUGGGCUCCAGAGUGGCGGCGGUGGGGCCGUACAUCCAGUCGUCGAGCUCCCAGGGGCCUCCGGUGUCGGCUCGCCACGAGGUUCUGGUGAAGCCGGCGUACCCGGACGGCACCGCCACGCUGCCCAUGCACGACGCGUCCCAGAAGCCGCCUCCCAGACCGGUCAAACCCGCCUCAGGUCUUUCCACGUCAAAAGUGACCACGCUCUCGGACUGGAGCUACCCGGAGCCCGGCGGCGGUUACAGCCACGCCUCCACCCUGCCUCGCAUGUCCAGCCUCAGCAACUCGGGCGCUAAGACCCUCACAGAUCAAAAGGCCUUCUCUGGGUCUGACGUCCCGCCCCCUGUCCCCUCCAAUCACAUCGCUGAGAGCCUGCUGAGGGACAACCAGGCUUCCGGCAAAGGUUCCAACACGAUGACGGCUCCGCCUCCAAUUCCCACCAAGCCCAAACCGUCCUCCUCCUCCUCCUCCUCCUCCUCCGGCCCGCCGACCUUCUCCAAGAAGCCCCCCUACUGCACCGGCACCUUCCCCGGUAAGGUGCGCCCGGUCGGGGGCCAGCUCCGGGCCCCGGGGGGAGUCCACUCCAGCCACACGCUCCCUCUGCCCAACAAGCAGGAGAGUCCGCCGGCCGCCGCCGUGCGACCGUACACCGCCGAGCUCUCGGAGGCUCCGCCCCCUCCGCUGCAGAAGCCUCAGACUCUGGCGGCUUCGUCCAUCUACUCCAUGUACACCCAGCAGGGGAAGGGCUACCAGGGCCAGGGCACGCUGACCCGCAGCCAGCCCAGAGUGUACGGGAAACCAGUGCUCCCAGCUAGCGGGGGUCAGCCGACCGCCGCCUCCGACCUCGCGACCUCCGAAGGCAUCGAGGCCGCCGGCGGUCGCCGAGGCAGCGGCGAGGGCGUCGGGGCGGAGUCGGCGGAGCGCGGCACCCCGCGGCCGCUGAGCCCCACCAAGCUCCUCCCCUUCCUGUCCAACCCUCACAGGAACUCCAGCGACGCCGACCUGGAGGCCCUGCGGCGCCGGCUGCACCACGCGCCGCGGCCCCUGAAGAAGCGCGGCUCCAUCACGGAGCCCGAGGGCCCGGCGGGCCCCAACAUCCAGAAGCUGCUCUAUCAGAAAACCACCCUGGCCGCCAUGGAGACCGUCGCCAUGGAGACGGUCGGCCCGGCGGGGACGUACGUCCGGGAUCGCGAGGACGGGACGGGCGGCGGCCAGGCGAGAGCCGAGACCCCGGAGGACGGUCUGACUCCGCCCCCUCUGCCCCCCCGCGCGCCCGUCCCCGACCCUGCCGCCGCCUGCCGCUCCCUGCCGCCGCCUCAGGAGAGAAACGACGACGACGACGAGGAGGAGGAGGUUUGUCCGUCCGCCUCCGUCCACCUGGACUACUUCGCCGAUGAGUUCCCGCCCUACCCGCCCCCACCGUACCCGUCCUGUGGGGAGGGGCAUCAGGGAGAUGACGGCCUCAGCCUGCAGCCGCCGGAGGUCACGGGACAGGUGACGGCGCCCCCGGGGAAGAGGUCGAUCCUCCGUCAGGCCGACUCGGGGCGGAUCGACCACGGCAUGCGGGUCAAGUUCAACCCUCUGGCGCUGCUGCUGGACUCGUCUCUGGAGGGCGAGUACGACCUCGUCCAGAGGGUCAUCUACGACGUGGACGACCCCAGCUCGCCGAACGACGAGGGCAUCACGGCGCUGCACAACGCCGUCUGCGCCGGCCACACGGAGAUCGUCAAGUUCCUGGUUCAGUUCGGGGUCAACGCCAACGCGGCCGACAGCGACGGCUGGACCCCCCUCCACUGCGCCGCCUCCUGUAACAACGUCCAGGUCUGCAAGUUCCUGGUGGAGUCGGGGGCGGCGGUGUUCGCCACCACGUACAGCGACAUGCAGACGGCCGCCAACAAGUGUGAGGAGAUGGAGGACGGCUACGCCCAGUGCUCCCAGUUCCUCUACGGCGUCCAGGAGAAGAUGGGCGUGAUGAACCGCGGCGUGGUCUACGCCCUGUGGGACUACGAGCCUCGGGGCGAGGACGAGCUGGGCUUCGUGGAGGGCGACUGCAUGACGGUGCUGCGGCGCGAGGACGAGGUGGAGACGGAGUGGUGGUGGGCGCGGUGCGGCGACCGGGAGGGCUACAUCCCCCGCAACCUGCUGGGGCUCUAUCUGAGGAUCAAGCUGCGGCAGAGGACCCUGGCGUGACCGGAGGAAGGACCUCUGAGAGAAGGAGUCCGAACCUCUGGACUCGAGGCUGCCGUUUAAAAAAAGAAACUCGGGUUGUUUUCUGACCGUCUGUCGGACACGUUGGAGCUCAAGAAGAAGAAACGAUCGCUCGCCGGCUUCCUGUGGUGAAAAGAACCGAUUACCAGUUCACCGAAUUCAUCAGCUGAUGUUUGACUUGUUCAGUCUUCUUCACCUCCGACAGCCGAGGCAUCGGGGCCCGAAAACAGGACAGGGGAAAACAAGUGUUUGGGGUUUGUGUUGUAAUUAGUUUGUUUCAUCCUUUUUUAAAGAUUUCAUAGAAAGAAAGAAAGAAAGAAAGAGGCUCGACGACAUGCAACACAGGUUGCUUGGUUUUCUUAGUUUUCACUGGUUUCACCAAAUGUAGCAAAUAUGGGAAUUAUAACACAUUUAGGACGUUUUCACCAAAUAUGGAGAAAUAUUUAUGUCGGCCAAAGUCAGUUUUUCUCCUUUUUUUGUGCUCUAAAGUAAAAAAUAACAACUUGUGGGAACAAGUUAAUAAUGUGUGGGAACCAGUUCAGGAAUCAAGGGAACAAGUUAAAGACUUAAGAGAACAAGUUAACAACUUGUGUGAACAAGUUAAUGAUUUAAGGGAACAAGUUAAGGACUUAGGAAACAAGAUAAUAACUUUUGGGAACAAGUUAAAGACUUAUGGAACAAGUUAAGGACUUAGGGGACAAGUUAAGGACUUAGGGGACAACAUAACUUGUGGGAACAAGUUAGUGACUUAAGGGAACAAGAUAAUAACUUUUGGGAACAAGUUAAGGACUUAGGGAACAAGUUAAAGACUUAGGGAACAAGUUAAGGACUUAGGAAACAAGAUAACAAUUUGUGCAAACAAGGACGAUAAAUUGUGAAGCAAGAAAGAAAGAAAGAAAGAAAGGGUUCUCUCUCUGUCGAGCAGAUUAUGUUCCACCAGGUAAUAUUUAAAUGAUUUAAUAAUUUGUCGCCAGUUUUGGCUACUUCUGUUUUUGAUGUUCCCUGAAACACGAUCUACGCCUGGAACUGGUUCAAGAGAAUGAAACAGUUUUUUUAAAUUAUUGUUAUAAAACUUUAUUUAUAAAAGUCCGUCUGGCCGCAGCACAGAAUGUGUCGUUUGUUUAAAAAGAUACUUUAAAAAAAACUCUUCCAUGUUCAGGAGAUCAUCAGUAGAUUUCAUAUAUUAUCAUUUAAUAAUGUUUUGUGAUGAAACUAAGGACUUAAAUUACAAACUCUCUCUCAGUAUUUGGUCUACCAUCGUGGACCGGUAGAUUAUUACAUUUAAAAUCAGUUGAAAUCGUCUCCAAAGACGAUUUCAGAUGCAAGUGGUGUGUUUUUUACUUGGCAAACCGCUAACCGCUAACCGUCUCCACCCGCUUCCUGUCUUUGUGCUAAGCUAAGCUAAAUACAUCUCAGAUAUGGAACGGAUGUAUUCACAUCCCACUCUGGAGAACAGGAAGAUUCAUUUAUUCAUAAAAAAGAAAAAAUAUUCACACUUUCUGUCCUCAGCGUUUCAUUUUUUUUAAACCUGCAAAAAAAUAUAAUAAUACAAAUGAUUUAAAAUGAGUUUCCACCACGUUGUUGAACGGUUUAUUCAUGAGCUGGAGGGACAGUCGGGAGAAUCCACUCUUUAUGUUUAAAUGUUCAGCUGACCUCGAGGGGGCGUAGCACACUUUGACCUCUAGGAGUCAGCGUCACAUGCAGAACAAUCGUAAAAACAAAGUGCAAAGAGCUCCAUUUGAACGGUAAGCAGUUGCCAUGGAGAUUACAUUCUAUAUUAAAAGUUUACAAUUGCACAGAACCUCAGAAUAAAAACAAAUGGAAUAAAAAUAAAACAGUUUCAACACGACUAUGACGUCACACUUUAAAUGAGAAGAUGAGAGCAUGCCGGUUAUGUUUACUUGCUGCAUCAGACCUUCUCAACAAGGUAUCCCACCAGUGGAUUAUUAGUUAUUGUAGACGUGUUAUUGAAUAUCAGGCUUUGUGCUGCAGAGCCACGUCGACGGAACAGAGGGAAAAGUCAUCACGAUCAAAAGUGAAUAAAGUGCAAAAGAACGGAUCGUAGUGGGAGGAGCCAGUGGUCUGGGGGGAUGUUGGGUGUCGGGAGUCAAUAAAUGAGGCUUAAUCUGAUAAUAAUGUGUUCCAACGUUCUUUAAUCUGGUGAAAUACGUGUGAAAUUUUGAUAAUCUAAUCCUUAAAUUAAUCAAUAAAAACUAGAAUUCUU